AUGUCUUCCAACCAGGUUAAUCAGUCUGGUCAAUACGGCGCACCUUCGGACAACCAACACGAGUUGUCCCACAUUGAGCACUACAAUGAGGGACAAGCCUAUGACAACUUUGCAUUCGACAACUCAGGCUGGGGAGACGGUACCGGCAUUGGACCAUACGACAAUACCAACACCAACUACGGCUAUCAUGAGGUCGCCGUCAGCACUCCAGCCUCUCGUCCCAAUACGGGAAGUGUCGGCAGCAGAAAGACGCGCAGUGGUAGAACAACCAAGCCCACGGAUUCACCCAUGAGCUCGUCGCGCUCCACGCCCGCAGUGAACAACAGUCCGCAUAUCGCAGGUGUCAGAAAGAAUAGGGCGAAGAAGGUUCAAGAGGCAGAUGUGAUACUCCAAGCACCCUUGAGUGUGUUGACAAAAGACUCGGAAACACCUUUGAGAGAUAUGGAGGCAUGGGCCAACCGACCAGUGGAGACGAGGCGUGCAGAGGUAGCCAAAGCCAACAAGAUCGCAAGACCAAUGAACAGGUUCAUGUUAUACCGCUCCGCCUACGCUGAGCGUACAAAGAAGUGGUGCGACCAAAACAACCAUCAGAUCGUGUCCAAAGUCACUGGCCAGAGCUGGAAGAAGCUAGAGCCAAAGGAGAUCAAGGAUUACUAUGACCGGUUGGCGACAAUAGAAAGAGAGAACCACCAAAGAGCGUUCCCGGACUACAAGUUCUCUCCCGCAAAGGCCAUGCCCAAGAAGAAGAACCCGAAACGUAUCCUGGAUUAUCCCGAGAGCGCAUACGGUCACUUCAGUGAAUCAGAAGGCGACCCAGAUGGGGAAUACCGUCCAGCGAGACAGUCAAGACAACCAAAGCAGCCUCCAAGAAUGACGAAUCCUUAUGCAGACAACUACUCGUAUGAAGAUGCCAAGUACCAGUUUGCUGAUCCUGGAAGCACCUCUGCGCCAUACCACCAAGCAAUGCCGUAUGCCGCCAGUCAAGCACCGAUGUACCAUACCCACCCAUAUCAAUAUGCAGUGGCCAAUGGUCAUGGACAAUACGCUGUGUAUCAACAUGGACCUGGAGGGCAGCAAGUGCACGACAACCGAAUGGCAAUGAACGGCACUCCUGCAUCAAUCGGAUCCAGUGGAGCCCUCGUGUCUUUGCCCGGUGGAAAACACCAUGAGUUGUUGCAAUCCAGGGGUCCCACACCAGUAUCAUCUUAUCAGCAACCUCAGCAUGGAGGCAACUUCAUGGACCACAACGGAUUACUGAUGCAUCCCGACCACACCAACUACAGCCUCGGACAUGAGCUCCAAGGGCUCGACUCAAACUUCCAGGACGCGUUGAAUGGUGGUUAUGAUUUGGGUGGUGGUCAGGAAGCGGUUCAGGGUCAUGUGGACGAAGAGUUCCUUGUGGAUCCUCAGCUUGGAGGAAUUCUAGACAACUCACCUUACCAGAAGUUCCUCGAGUGA